AUGAUUGCAGCGUUCCCUUUUCAUGAUCAACAUUAUGAACAAUCUUCCGCAGAUAUGAUGAAUAUCAGUAAUGUCGAUAAUGGAGGUUCAAGUCUUGGCGAAAGUCGGCAUCAUUCAUUAUUUUCACCUCAUCAUCAUCGAGAAUUUAUAGUUGAUCCAGACAUAAAAGACGGUCUCUUGAUCAAUGAUUUCACAUCUUCGGAACCUUCAACUGCUUCUCUUGGACAACUUUUCCAUUAUCCAGUUCCAUAUCGUCAAGUUAAACGUCGUCGUCGUCUUACAGAAGAAGAAACAAAUGUACUUAUUAGUACAUUUGAAAAAGUUCAAAAACCUGACGCAGAAAUGCGUACCCGAUUAGCGGCACAGCUCAAUAUGUCAUCUCGUGCAAUUCAAGUUUGGUUUCAAAAUCGUAGAGCAAAAGUUAAAAGGGAUGCUUUAGAAUCUAAAAAUGCGGCAAAAUUCAACAGACCAAAAAAAUUAACAUUAGCUGCAGAAUAUUGUCAAGAAAAAAGAAUUAAUGAUUCUGAAUCUAUUCAUUCUUCACCUAUUUCUUCGACUUCUUCAAUUACCGCUUCACCUACUGAUUCUAAAACGCAAGGAAUGACUAGGAUUACACCUAAUCUUGCAAACAUUUCUAUAGCUUUAACAUCUGAUAAUGAACAUCAAUUGGAUACGGCAAAAGAAAAUGGUCAAUCUUUAUAUUACUCUCAAUUGAUCUCUAAUAAUCAGAACAAUAAUAUGAUUGGAUUAAUUCAUGAAACUGUUUAUGAUAAUUAUUGGAAUACACCUUGCGAAUUGAAAACUGCUGAAAAUGAUGAACGAUCAAUUUAUUCUCCUUAUUAUAGUUCUGAAGGUGAUGACUUUGAGACCACACCAGUAUCAACGGUGCAGUCAUUCCCCGAACAUGUGUACGGAAAUUUUUAUCAAACAAACGAUAAUUCUACCGAUUUUUUCAAUUGGCAGAAUAAACAAAACUUGGCGCUAUCGUUAAUGACACCUCCUGGAACAGAUAGAGAAACACCAGUUGCUCCUAACAAUACUCCUAUUCAUAACAAUACCCCUAUUCAAGCGAAUGAUCGCCUUCUUUCUAUUCCUAUAACUUUAGAAAGUUUUCCAACUACUCAUAAUCUUAAUUUUUCGGGAUCUUUACACGAACCCGCAUGGUUGGUAGACCUCGAUAAACCGGUUGUUAUCGAUAAUCCUCCAACAUAUGAAUUUCAUACUCUUCAAACACAUACACCUUCAUCUCAAACUCAUCCUUCAUCAACAUCUGUUUCAUCCGUUUUUACGUCUUCCACCAUUGAAGAUAAUCUAAUCGAAAAUGAUGAAUCUACACCAACAACAGCACCACAGUCACCGUAUUCAGUUUGCUUCGAUAACGACGUAUCAGUAGUAGCCGACAAUGAUGAUGAUGAUGAAAUUGAUCUAUGGGAAACUUUAUACAAUCAAGAAGAAGUUAAGACUAAACAAAAUGACGAAGAUUGUUAG